ACGAAUGUUUUUAAGGGAUGGAUUUGUAUUGGGCAUUGUAUGUUUAGGUGGGCAAUUAUAUCUUAUCAAUUGGGCCAAAGGUUAUUGUGUUGUGUGUUCUUUGAUAUAGCGAUUUAAGUGUGAGAAAGUGUGCGGCGGGCCACCACAGAGUUGGGAUGUGUGUUUCUGGCAUGGAAACCUGCCUUGGGAACUAGCUAGGUAGAGAGAUUGCUGCCAGGCUCAGAGAGAGGCCUUUGGCAGUGUGAUAUGGGAUGGAGCAAAGCGGGUGAGAGGCUUUGCUGACUGAGAAUUAAGAUAUCCAGCAGAUACUUUGGGGGCACUAUGGUGUCGGACCUAGUGGGGGAUAAAAGAUACCCCUUUUAUUUUUUAUAUUUUUACAACAACGCUUUCCAACACCCUUCCUCCAAUUUUCCUUCCUCUUUCUUUCUCUCUCUCUUUCUCUCUCUUUCUUUCUUUCUCUCUCUCUCUUUCUCUUUCUUUCUUUCUUUCUUCUCUUUCUUUCUUUCUUUCUUUCUCUCUCUCUCUUUCUCUCUCUCUUUCUCUUUCUUUCUUCCUUCCUUCCUCUCUCUCUCUCUCUCUCUCUCUCUCUCUCUCUCUCUCUCUCUCUCUCUCUCUCCCUCUCUCUCUCUCUCUUUCUUUCUUUCUUUCUUUUGGAGCUGGGGACCGAACGCAGGGCCUUGCGCUUGCUAGGCAAGUGCUCUACCACUGAGCCAAAUCCCCAACCCCCUUCCUCCAACUUCUUGACCUUUGUUGGAUACUUUGAAUGCCUCCUACUGCUUGUCUUUGGGCCACAUGUCCUCUGACUAGACUGUUCAGCUGCGUGGUGUCCCUCACCCCCACAAGAUAAUGGUUUUUCUGUGUAGGUCUGACACUCCAUCUGUAGCCCAGGCAGGUCUGGAACUUAAAGAGAUGUUGCCCUUCUGAGGGCUGGUUUAAAGGUAUGUGCCACCACUCGCAGAGUGAUAUUUUAAAGCACAGUUUCAAUACUAGCUUCUGUUGAUUUUAAAAGUAAAAUUGUGCAAUGCCAUAAACCCAGUGUCUCAAAGCCGCAAUAAGCCUAAAACGUCCUUGAAAUUCCUAAAAAUAGCUGUCUGUGCUUCACUCCUAGAAUAUGGCUGUACUUACUGAUCAGCAGUAUUUAAUGCUUGGCUAAGUUUAAGCAAAACACAGUUAAUGGAAAUGACCAGAACUAUAUAUUGUUACCACCAGAGCUUUUAAAUUGGCAUUUGAAAUCGUUAAGCUAAAAAAAAAAAAAAAAGAAGGCAAUGGGGAGUUUUACUGAAGUUUCCGUUACUGGAAGGUGCGAAACGUGUAUAAUAUUUCACAACAGGAAUCGAUUGCUCAGUGUGCUUCCCAACCGUUUGGCUCCUUCUUGUCUUUCUACAAGAGAGAAAGUCAACAAGUUCUACCAGGGAAUUGCAGGGUUGGUUUGUUUGUUUUACUUAGUUCUGCCAUAUGGAUUUUAGUUACGGAUCCUCUCUUGACUUGCAAUUAAACACGAAACUUCUCAUUGGGUAGUUUCAAAACUAGCAGGAGGAAUCAGCGGCUAGCUUACUGCACUGUGAAAAGCUGCACGAGAUUCCAGGAUUGGGAAGGAAAAUGCUAAUUUAAAAGGUCAAGCGGAGCUGCACCUCACGUUUCUUGGCGUCCGUGUGCUCCGUGCGGGCGGAGCGAACAAAAAACCCGGCCAGAGAAGCCAGACGCCCAGAUUCCUCUCGCUGCGUUUCCCCCAAAAUAGUUCUGGAAUCAUGCCUGAGAUGCCGGAGGACAUGGAACAGGAGGAAGUGAACAUCCCUAGCCGGCGGGUUCUCAUUACCGGUGCCACUGGGCUUCUUGGCAGAGCGGUUUACAAAGAGUUUCAGCAGAGCAACUGGCACGCCGUUGGCUGUGGCUUUCGCAGAGCAAGACCAAAAUUCGAACAGGUGAACCUGCUGGAUUCUGAGGCAGUUCAUCACCUCAUUCAUGAUUUUCAGCCUCACGUCAUAGUGCACUGUGCUGCAGAGAGAAGACCAGAUGUUGUUGAGAGUCAGCCAGAUGCUGCUUCCCAGCUGAAUGUGGGUGCCUCUGGGAACUUAGCAAAGGAGGCAGCUGCAAUUGGAGCAUUUCUCAUCUACAUUAGCUCAGAUUAUGUGUUUGAUGGCACAAAUCCCCCUUACACAGAAGAAGAUAUACCAAGUCCCCUGAAUCUGUACGGAAAAACAAAGUUAGAUGGAGAAAAGGCGGUCCUGGAGAAUAAUUUAGGGGCUGCUGUGUUGAGAAUUCCUGUUCUGUAUGGGGAGGUUGAAAAGCUUGAAGAAAGUGCCGUGACUGUUAUGUUCGACAAGGUGCAGUUCAGCAAUAAGUCAGCGAACAUGGACCAUUGGCAGCAGAGAUUCCCCACACAUGUGAAAGACGUAGCCAGUGUGUGCCGGCAGCUGGCAGAGAAGAGGAUGCUGGAUCCAUCCAUUAAGGGAACCUUUCACUGGUCUGGCAAUGAGCAGAUGACCAAGUAUGAAAUGGCGUGUGCAAUUGCAGACGCCUUCAACCUCCCCAGCAGCCACUUACGACCUAUUACUGACAGCCCUGUCAUAGGAGCACAACGCCCCAAAAAUGCUCAGCUUGAUUGCUCCAAAUUGGAGACCUUGGGCAUUGGCCAGCGGACACCAUUUCGAAUUGGAAUCAAAGAAUCACUCUGGCCUUUCCUCAUCGACAAGAGAUGGAGACAGACUGUCUUUCAUUAGUUUACAUGUUGUGUAUUUUUUUAAGUGAAAAGUAUAGUAUGUGGCACUUUUUCAAGAAUAAAGGAAAUAGUUUUGUAUGAGUACUCCUUAAUUGUGACACAUGAUCCUUCAGGUAAAUGAUGCUGUUGCACUAGGGGAGCGUUGGACCGACUGAGGGCAGUCAGGACUUUCUGUUGAUUGUUUUGUUCUGGCUUACCUUGCUACACAAGUAAUAUAAAUUAUGAUCUGUAAUGUUCAGGGGUGGGGUAAACAGACUGUUAGACUUUGGAUGAAAUGCUUUGUUCAUUCCUACAACUUCCUUUUUUGCUGUUUUGUUUGUUAGCUCUUGUAUAUUGAUAGUUUCAAUGUGUGUGGAAUCAUAUGAAAAUCAUCGGUGUUCAUUAUUCGCUUUGCUUUGCUUGAGCCCAGAUCAAAAUGCUUGGAGAAAAGAAACUUUAUUUUUGCAACUGUAAGUAUGGUUUUUAAAUGCUUGAUUCUUUAAUGUGUUAUGUAUAUCAGAACUUGUAUAGCCUGAUGCCUCCUUCAUAGCACCGUGUGACAAACACUUGAGAGAGUGCACGUGUGUGUAUUUUUUUAAUAUAAAUACAUAUAUAUGUCUCUUUCCUUCUAUCUCACUAAGUGACGUUUCAUACAUGUGGUUAUAAUAAUGAGCCUUGUAAGUCUUUUGACCACUUCUCAAUAAUAAUAAAUACUUGCUGGCAUGUAA